AUGCCUCAAAAACACAGGCUUGACGACCAGCUGUCUCCAAGCCCCAAGCGGAGGGUUCUUGGCCCAUCCUUGCCUCCUCCAUCCCGUUCAAGCAACGGGUCGGCAAGCGACAGCGACAGCGACAGCGACGAUGACUUCGGCCCAGGCCUGCCUCCGCCAGAGGGCGACCUCGCUCCUGUGGAGAAACACUAUCAGCCAGACCCGUCGACCGUCGAGCCCGACCAGAAGAAAACUGAGCAGAGGGACCAAUGGAUGCUGCACCCGCCAGAGAAGAGCGAUUGGGCGACCAAGAUCGAUCCAACCCAGUUGCGUAAUCGCAAAUUUCAAACGGGGAGGUCGGCUCGAAGCGGUGGCCCGCAGGCCGUCGACGCCUCAUGGACGGAGAAUCCGGAGGAACGCAUGAAGAGACUCCAGAAUGAGGUGAUGGGCGUGGCUGCGGUGCCAGCAGACCGACAAUCCGCACCGUCCAAAGCCUCCCAGUCGAUGGAGGAGAAAAUCAAUAAGUACAAGGACAUGACCGGCAAGGGUUCGCGGUUGGACAGCAGCGCCGCAGAUACUCGUAAGGAGGAUGAUGAUCCCAGCAUGCGUGCCUUCGAUCGGGAGAAGGACAUGGCUGUCGCAUCCCGGAUAUCCACCGCCCAGCGGCGAGAGAUGGUGAAUAAGGCCAGUGGCUACACUUCUCGGUUCACUAAGGGGAGUUUUCUGUGA